AUGGGCUGUUGCCUUUCGGCUAAGGAACUAAACUAUGAUCGAAUACGUUCAGCAAUAGUUCUUCAAACGAAAUGUGAAGCUUUUCGGUAUCAUGAAACAACGGAACGAGGUCGUUUUCAAAGAUUAGGUAAUGCGGAAUUGGUAUUAACAGAAGACGGUAUAUUUUCUCAAGUUAUCGGUAUUUCUUGCUGUAUAGAUCGAGGUUUUGUACAUAUACCUCUUUUCGCCAUUACAAAUAUUCAUGCUCAAGCUUGGUUUUAUGGUCUUUAUAAAAUUAAUCGUCCACAUUUAGUAAUAGCUUAUAUAGUUCCUGGAAAAGAUGAAUAUGAAAGCUGA